AUGACUUCAACGUACCUGAGUCUGUCACAGGACGGGCUUUCAGCACACCAUCUCUCCAUGACUAUUCCUCGGAUGGCCGCAUCUUGUCCUUAUCUGCUAGACAGCAUCCACGCAUUUUCAGCCUUACACUUGGCCUCGCUUGAACCUGAUAAUCGGACUUCAUGGUUAAACCACGCCGUGCGAUAUCAGAGCCAGGCAUGCGCUGGACUGAGCAUGAGUCUUUCAGAAAUGUCGCCCCCAGAUUAUGAACCAGCAUUUGUCUCCUCCAUCAUCAUCAUGCUUUUCGCUAUGGGAUAUCGAGUAUUAUCGGUUGAAAAUCGACCACUGGACCCAGUUUCCGUAAUUCUCGAGGCUCGCACAUUGAUGUCUGGCCCGGCCAUGCUGUUGUCCCGGAUACUUGAAGGCAGCGUCGAAGCGCAGUUAGAUGGCUGGCUAUGCGCUCCAGAUACUCAGGAAAGUCUCGGUACUGGGGAACAUGAUCAUGACGGCAGCCCGGUCAAAAACACACACGUACUAUUCGGCCUACACCAGUAUGUUCCAGCGAGAGACAUAGUGAGGUCGCUGGAUCGACUUCGUUUGAUAAUUGACACCAGAGAAGGCUCGGAUAAACCAAUAUACUUGGCCACAUGGCAGCAGUUGCAUCAGGCCAUCGAACCGUGGCCGAGAAUUGGACCACAUGGUGGUCCUCUGGCAUGGCCCUUAUCUAUCUCCGACAAUUUUUCCUCAUUGCUUCAGCGUGGCGACUGGAUUGCCCAAGUUUUGUUUUUGCAUUAUGGUAUAGCAAUGUGUCUCCUGUGUCAUCGAUGGUACGUCCGCGACUGGGGUUGUCGGCUCGUAUUGGCUACACUUGAACCACUGAGCAAGAUCCCGCAGGAAUGGGAGGAGACUAUUUCUUGGAUAAGAGGAGCCGCUGUAAUGGAAGACUGGCUACAGGAAUGA